CAGAAAUGUUGUAACAUUCACUAACAAGUUUCUGGGUCGGCAUUCCGCGGCGAGUUUUUUUAGUUUUUUAUAAUUAAUAGUUGGUCGUUAAGAGCUUCGUUGUGUAGCAGUUAAUGUCUUUUGUCAGGUGCGGACUCCACAUCGCAUGUUUGUGGCUUGAAUCAUGUUUUCAGGAUGUUGUUCACACUAAGUGAGACGGUGCAAUGGCUGGGGAUGACCGUCUUUGAACUCUGGGUCCACACCGUCUCCCUCCUGCUCUUCACCGUCUUCCUGACCCUCAAGCUUCAAGACGUUUGGCCCGUCACCUGGUGGACGAUCUUUGCCCCGCUCUUCACCUGUGACAGCCUAAACGGCUACUUCGUCUCCAUCGUGGUCAUCCGGCUGUACCUGUACCAGGGAUUCCGGGUGGCUGCCCUGCGGCUGUUCUGGAGCGGUCUGCUUCUGGCCCUGAUCUUCGUCUUCAAGAUGCUUCUGUGCAAGCGGCUGGAGGGUGAAGCCGACAUCCCGUGCUCGAUCAUCAUGUCGCCGCUCUUUGUCCUGUUUCAGGUUCUCAUGAUCAGGGCCUGCCAGGUGUCCUAGUCAGCAUUUAUUUAAUUCAAACAUUUUAACUUUGAAAG